AUGCUCUCAGAUGUGGCUACGCUGCGGACUAACGUUAAGAUAGACGAGUCCCUCGCACUCGUCGAGCUCGGGGGCAGCUACGUACCGGGCAACUGUAAUCCUAGAGAAAGACUGGCCGUGCUUGUGCCGCUGCGAGGACGGGCUGACGCUCUGCCAGGCUUCCUGGCGCACCUUCACUUCUUUCUGCAGCAACAAAACAAAGCUUAUACGAUUGUUGUCAUCGAGCAAACAGCUAACGCUCCGUUCAAUAGAGCGUCUCUGCUAAAUGUGGGAGCUAUAGAGACGAUGCGUAGAGUUGCUGCAGUGAACUGCUUGGUUCUGCACGACGUCGACGUGCUCCCUUUGAACCUCCUGAACGACUACAGCUGCGCUCCUGGGGCCGUCCGACAGCUCCUUCGAUCACGCAGUGAUCGCAAUUUCACCCCUUUCUACGGGCGUUUCAUGGGCGGCGUGGUGUCGCUGACGCCGCGCAGCAUGUCGCUGGUGAACGGCUUGAGCAACGCUUACUGGGGCUGGGGCGGCGAAGACGACGACUUCGAGCGUCGGGUGCUGCGCGCGGGACUGCGAUUCGAACUGGUGACUAAACAGAGAGGCCGCAUGGACGAUGGACUGUCGAGCGUGCGCUACACGUUGCUGCGGUGCACGAGGUUGCCCACGUACACGCUUCUGCUCGUUGAGCUGCACCAGCAGGAGCCCUACCAGGCUCCCCGUGGGGCAUCACCUGAAGAACCACUAGCGUGUGAUUGA